GUGAGGGGAACCCCCGAACAGAACCCAACAAUUGCAAAUAAAAAAGUUGCCGACUUUCUUCGAUUUUUCGAUUCGAUACGCCGAAGGAAAUGUUGGGUUGAAUCAAAUGACUGAGGCAAUCGCUUUCGUUUUGAUUUGAUUUGGAAAAUUUCAGAAGCUUCGAGAUGGGUUUGGAAGAUGGGAACUCAGAGAACGCGCGGAGCUGGGCGAGGUUUGUAGCCACGUGUCUCGUCGGUGGGGUGGUGGUGGCGGUGGGGGUCGGCGUCGGGGUUUCUCUUCUGGGCUCAGAAGGCGGACCUCAGCUUCCUUUGGGACUUCCAUGGCGGAGGAAGAAGAACAGACCCGUCCGGGUUUACAUGGACGGCUGCUUCGACAUGAUGCACUACGGCCACUGCAACGCCCUCCGUCAGGCGCGUGCGCUCGGCGACCAAUUGGUGGUCGGAGUCGUCAGUGACGCCGAAAUCAUCGUCAAUAAAGGCCCCCCUGUGACUCCUCUCAACGAAAGGAUGAUUAUGGUUAAUGCUGUGAAAUGGGUUGACGAGGUGAUUCCUGAUGCACCUUAUGCUAUAACCGAAGAGUUCAUGAAGAAGCUGUUUGAUGAAUACAAUAUAGACUAUAUCAUUCAUGGGGAUGACCCAUGUGUGCUUCCUGAUGGGACUGAUGCUUAUGCUCUUGCGAAGAAGGCCGGCCGCUACAAGCAGAUCAAACGGACAGAAGGCGUCUCCAGCACCGACAUUGUUGGGCGUAUGCUUCUCUGUGUAAGGGAGAGAUCUGUUAAUGAGAAGCAGCAUCACUCUUCCUUGCAAAGACAAUUCAGCCACGGUCACAGUCAGAAGUUCGAAGAUGGUGGAUCUGGAAGUGGAACCCGUGUGUCUCAUUUCCUACCGACAUCUCGGCGAAUUGUUCAGUUUUCAAACGGAAAGGGGCCUCAGUCUGACGCACGCAUAGUUUAUAUAGAUGGUGCAUUUGAUCUUUUCCAUGCUGGACAUGUGGAGAUCUUAAGGAAAGCACGAGAGCUUGGGGAUUUUCUUCUUGUUGGAAUACACACUGAUCAGACUGUCAGUGCUACUAGAGGAGCACAUCGCCCAAUAAUGAACCUUCACGAAAGAAGCUUAAGUGUUUUGGCUUGCCGCUAUGUGGAUGAGGUUAUAAUCGGUUCUCCAUGGGAAAUCUCAAAAGACAUGCUCACAACCUUUAACAUCUCCUUAGUGGUCCACGGAACAAUAGCAGAGAAUAGCAACUUUGAAAAGGAAGAAGGCAAUCCUUAUCAAGUCCCAAUCAGUUUGGGCAUCUUCAAAGUUUUGGAUAGCUCGCUUGAUAUCACCACUUCCACGAUAAUUAGACGGAUUGUAUCCAAUCACGAAGCAUACCAGAAACGUAACGAUAAAAAGGCAGCAAGUGAGAAAAGGUAUUACGAAGGCAAGGUUUAUGUUUCCGGUGACUGAUAUACGUAGAUCUCUGAGGCCAAUACAUGGCUAGCCGUUGGGUGCACCUGUUAUUUUGGUACUCUUACCAAGUGGUACUAACUUCACAGAUGACACAGCUGAGUUUUGGUACAUUCACAUGAUGUUAUUCACAGAUCCUAUUAUCACAUACGAUUCCCGAGUCUUCUUGUCAUGCAGCAAUAUUUUUGUUGUUUAGAUCGAUAUUUUCGGAUUCAAUCCACAACCUCUAGAACUUGAGAAAAACUAGUUUGAUUUUCCUUCUGUGCCAUAUCUUUCCCACAAAAGGAAUAAUCUUUAGACAUGAACAAGUUACGAGGUAAUCUCUCCGAGUUUGGUUUACUUCUUUUCGUUGUCGAAAACUUGUCCUGUAUAGACAUGUUUGGCAUUGUUAGUAACAUGUUGUGUGGCGCUGUAACAACCAGCUGUUCCAUUA